AUGCUCUUGAUUGUUAUCACAAGCGUUCUAGCAGAUUUUAGAUUUAACGUGAAUGUCGCCCAACGGCCCGACGAACCUGCCAACUCUGCGCUGCUGCGCAUGGGCUUACUCGGCUGCUCGCCAGUGCAACCAACAGUCGCUAUUGAUCUCACAUGCCUAGAACUUUAUCAUCAGAUUCGCCGUCGUCAAUCGUCAUUUAGCAUGCAAUCGAUUACAAAAGUUCUCUGCGCGCUUCAUAAUGUAACAUAUUCGCAGUACUUACGCAAUCAAUUUUCGAUUGCGUUUGAUAUCUACCUCGAAAUUCAACGCCUCGUUCAACUACAGGUCGACCGUGCACUCGGCAGAGACCACGCCGACUGGCACAUGUCAGGCGCUUGUCCGUGUUGUGCUUUUGAGCAACCGAACGAGCCGCCCCUUAAUCCCCGAAGGCUUCACAGCAUGGACGGCAACCAUUCCGCCAAACGUUUGGAUGGUUCCGGCUCAGCAGAUGAGCGCGUCUUCGACAGCAGGUACUUCAUCCCCACGACUGCGGUGGAGCUUUUCAGAGACGACGUUCGCAAUCGGCCUGGUGAACAUCAUAGUGGCGAGACUACUAAUUGUACAGAAAAUUGGACAGCCACCAAGUCUGUGGAGGAGAACAAAAUUUUCGUCUUCGAGCAAACCGGCAUCUUUAUCUUGGCGUGUCGCCAUGGCUUUGUAGAAUGUGUUGUUGAGAUGAAACGAAGCGGAGAGCUUGCCAAGUAUGGACUCGCCGUGACCAAUCGAUUACUUGACAUCUGCGGGAAUGAUCAAGCUCUGGGCCAUGACAUCGGCUGUUCAUCGCGCAAGACCAUCGCAGCGAGUUCUAUUGGUGCGAGAGCCAAGGCACUAAAUCUUAUUGUCGCAGUGAACAGUUUUCAUGGAUACGCUCAUAACCGCCGCUGCCAGCUGCAAAAUCAUCCUUUGUACCUCGAAGGUUUCGGCAACGAGGAUCUAGAAACCUGUGAACGUAUCUUCUCGAGUUCUAAUAGUGCUGCAGUUCUCAUCCGCCACGCGUCCCAUUUUCAUUGGACGCAAUUUCUCGAUCUUCACUUUGACCAAUGGGAUCGCGACAAGUAUCUUGAAUUAAGUCGCUUCUUAUGCAAUAAUUAUGUCCAGGCGCUCAAAAUCAUCGAAGAUUAUACGCCCUUGCUUGAGGAGUUCAAGUCCCGGAAAUCGCUCGCUGACCAAGACUUCAUCCAGUGGCAUCAAGAAGAAGUCGAGUUUCUUAGCAACUUAGCUAUUGAACCACCAUCCGAUGUCCUUGCAGUGGCAUAUGUCGAGGAGCUUGAAAAGCUUCGGCUCGCUGAGUUUGUAGUUGGCGCUAGCAUGCAGUCAAGAACAGUUGAAGCAGAACGCGCAUCAGUGCUGCGCAGGUAUGAGUUGCAAAUGAAUGUGGUGGAUGAUUUCGAGCGGCGGAAUGGCAUCAAUGAGCGUUGGACAAUAGCGCACCCUGAAUACACUCAGGCACUGAAGUAUUCUCAUGAGCGCCGCUUCAUUCGGACUGUGGAGGAAUUGGAGGGCCUAGUCGUCCAACGCUUAUUUGAGUUUUCGAAGGCCAACCUCGUAGGCACAGGAGGCUACAAAAUGCGGAAACAUAUUUCCAAAGCCAUCGCACGUCGAUCUGCCGCUAUUCGCUCAGCGCUCGAGAAGUACAACAAGUUAGCCCCUCUUCAAACACCACCUCGGCCUAUCCUCGAUUAUUCCGAAGUUGUGGGGUAUGCUACCCUUGGGGAGUUCUCGCUCCUCAAAUAUUCUCGCCAUGACCUCCUUUCCAAGCCAUGGGCCGUCCCUGACAAUCGGGAAAUGGCAGCUAGAUAUUUCAAGGUGGUGAGGUCGCAUGAGGAGAUUACCCGCUUAAAUGUCGAAAUACGUCGCCUCGACGCUUGGGUCGAGUAUGAUGAUGCGAAGAUGCUAGAAGUCAUUGAGACAUUAGCGGUUGAGGAAGCUGACUCCCUUCUUGCUGCAGAGUUCAGACAACAGUACAAUGAACGGCACCGCAUCAACAAUAUUCACCGCCAUCGUUUGAACAAGAUUCGUUACCUCAAGGGCUACAGUGGCCCGGCUGCAGCGCUGUUGCAUGGUUCUGUGGAGAUAGAGAACUUGGAUGACGAAAGGGAACCAGUUGAUCUCGGGGAGAAUGACGAGUUGAACGACGAAGCUUUCCGUCUUGAAGAUGCCAUUUCUCACCUUUAG